AUGGCAAAACCUGUACCAAGAAUUGGUUCACGUAGGAAUGGGCGUAUUGGUUUACGUAAGAGUGCGCGUAGAAUACCAAAGGGAGUUAUUCAUGUUCAAGCAAGUUUCAACAAUACCAUUGUGACUGUUACAGAUGUACGAGGUCGGGUAAUUUCUUGGUCCUCUGCCGGUACUUGUGGAUUCAAGGGUACAAGGAGAGGGACACCGUUUGCCGCCCAAACUGCAGCAGGAAAUGCUAUUCGGACAGUAGUGGAUCAAGGUAUGCAACGAGCAGAAGUCAUGAUAAAAGGCCCCGGUCUCGGAAGAGAUGCGGCAUUAAGGGCGAUUCGUAGAAGUGGUAUAAUAUUAAGUUUCAUACGAGAUGUAACCCCUAUGCCACAUAAUGGGUGUAGGCCCCCUAAAAAAAGGCGUGUGUAA